CAUUCCGGAGCGUCCCGGCGUCAGCCCGCCCUCUCGCCGCGUCGCCGGUGCCUGCGCCGCCCGCUCCACCUCGCUUCUCCUCUCCGGGCGAGGCCCGGGGGACCUGAGUGAGAAGCGGGGACCAUGUUCCGACGCAAGCUGACGGCUCUCGACUACCACAACCCUUCCGGCUUCAACUGUAAAGAUGAAACAGAAUUUAGAAACUUUAUUGUUUGGCUUGAAGACCAGAAAAUCAGACACUACAAGAUUGAAGACAGAGGUAAUUUAAGAAACAUCCACAGCAGUGACUGGCCCAAGUUUUUUGAAAAGGUAAGGAUAGCUGAAAAAUACAAGGACUUGGUACCUGAUAAUGCAAAAAAUACUGACAAUGCAACUAAAAAUGCAGAGCCGUUGAUCAAUUUGGAUGUAAAUAAUCCCGAUUUUAAGGCUGGUGUGAUGGCUUUGGCUAACCUUCUUCAGAUUCAGCGUCAUGAUGAUUACCUGGUAAUGCUUAAGGUAAGUUUCAUAUUUUUGAUUCUUGGGAGAAACUGUGUAGAGAAAAAUCUUCAUUUUGUCAUUUUUUUUUUUUUUAAGGGCUUGCCUGUUGCUCUAGACAAACAUAUUCUUGGCUUUGACACGGGAGAUGCAGUUCUUAAUGAAGCUGCCCAGAUUCUGCGAUUGCUGCAUAUAGAAGAACUCAGAGAGCUACAGACAAAAAUUAAUGAAGCCAUAGUAGCUGUUCAGGCAAUUAUUGCUGAUCCAAAGACAGACCACAGACUAGGGAAAGUUGGAAGAUGAACACUUUAGGAUUUUAGCUUCUUACCUACUUAGUACAAUUGGGAACCAUGUACACUUCUGGCAUGUGUUUGGAAAUCAAAUGUCACAUUUUCAAGGGAGGAAUCCCAGAAAAUUGACUGUUCUAGAGAUUUACCACCAUUGCUUUUUUUCUUUAAUAAAGUUUGGGAAAGUGGA